UCUGGUCCGCCCCGCGAGCUGAUUAAGGGAGGGCGGAACGGGGCUUUAGGAGGAGCAGGAACUAGGAAGCGGGCUCUGGAGUCUCGGGCAGGGCCGGGCCGGGCCGGAUGGAUUUGUUCGGGGACUUCCCGGAGCCGGAUCCCUCGGCAGCAGACAGGCAUGUGUGCAAAAUGCAAACAGUGCAACAAAGAAAUGCAAUGCCUGGCUGCCCGAAUGAAACAUCAUGAGAAGUGCUUCUUCUCAGGAGGAAGGUGUGUUGAAGAUGAUGAAAGCAACAUGUCUGAACAUGCAGGAUCUUCAGGGACCGAAGCACUGAAAGGAGGAUCUUUGCUUUUUGAUGAUCUCCCACCAUCUAGCAGCUCAGGGAAAGAAGCACAAACAGGGCCUUUGCUUUUUGAUGAUCUUCCACCGGUCAGCAGUGCUGACUCAGGGACAGGAGGACCUUUGCUCUUUGAUGAUCUCCCACCAGCCAGCAGUGGUGACUCAGCUUCAUGCAUCACUGAGCAGGUCUCAGCAGUAGGAAAUCAUGGGAAAGGAGAGAAGAGGAAAGUCUCAGAGGAAGAGGAGAAUGGCCAUGAAGAACUUGUGGAAAAGAAAGUUUGUAAAGCAUCUGGAGGCAUCUUUGGACUGAAAGGUUAUAUGGCAGAGAGGAAAGGUGAACGAGAGGAGAUGCAGGAUGCACAUGUCAUCUUGAAUGACAUCACUGAGGAGUGCAGACCCCUUCCCCCUCAAAUAACCCGUGUUUCAUACUUUGCCGUUUUUGAUGGCCACGGGGGAGUUCGAGCUUCAAAAUUUGCAGCACAGAAUUUGCACCAAAACCUGAUUAGGAAAUUUCCUAAAGGAGAGGUAGUCAGUGUGGAGAAAACGGUGAAGAGAUGCCUUCUGGACUCUUUCAAACAUACAGAUGAGGAGUUCCUGAAGCAGGCCUCCAGUCAGAAGCCUGCCUGGAAGGAUGGUUCCACAGCAACCUGUGUCCUGGCUGUAGAUAAUAUCCUUUACAUUGCCAACCUUGGAGACAGCCGGGCGAUUUUGUGUCGUUACAACAAGGAAAGUCAGAAACAUACAGCCUUAAGUCUCAGUAAAGAACACAACCCUACCCAAUAUGAGGAGCGAAUGAGGAUACAGAAGGCUGGAGGAAAUGUCAGGGACGGACGAGUGCUGGGUGUGCUGGAGGUUUCCCGCUCCAUUGGAGAUGGACAGUACAAGCGCAGUGGUGUCAUUUCUGUACCGGAUAUCAAACGCUGCCAGCUCACACACAAUGACAGGUUCAUUAUGCUGGCCUGUGAUGGCCUCUUCAAGGUCUUCUCACCAGAAGAAGCUGUAAACUUCAUCUUGUCCUGCCUGGAGGUGAGGAGAAGGCAGCUCUGGGGUGGACUUGCGUGUGCAGUUUCAUCAGUGCAGAAGGACAAGAAUAUCCAAACAAGAGAAGGAAAAUCAGCAGCUGACGCUCGAUAUGAAGCAGCCUGUAACAGGCUGGCCAGCAGAGCAGUGCAGCGAGGUUCUGCGGAUAAUGUCACUGUAGUGGUGGUCCGGAUCGAGCACUGAAGGAAAACAUGCAGGGAUGCAGUCCAGAGCUGCAUGUGAUGGAUUUAAAUACAACGUGUGUGUGUGUGUGUGUGUGUGUGUGUGUGUGAGAGAGAGAGAGAGAAUUUGGGGGGCGAUGUAUGUCUCUCCUCCCUGGAUGCUCUUCAUUGUAAAUAAAUAAACUUCUUUUUCUAAUUGUGUUAGUUCAAAUUUUUGUUUGCCAUAUUUUAUAAAUGAAUUUCUGUACAGGACAGAUUGCAUUUCCUGCUACUACAGUUGGGGCUUCAUGUGGAAAUUCAUCAUUCAGUUUCAACUGCCUAAUAAUGAAAAUCUAAGCAAAUCAUCCAAGGAAGGCCCAUUCCUGCAGCCCUUAUUUAUGCACGUAGUCCCACUGGGUUAAUCGGAGUUAGACUGUGCUAUCGGGACCAAAACCAGGCGUAACGAAUCGCCAUGCUGUGGAGGCCAGGCAGCAGGAAAGCUUACCGAUGUGCAAGGUGGCGGUGAAGGUGUAAUACCCUGCAACAGGUGCUGUGUAUUGGCCGCUGGUCAGGUUCAGCCCCAGGCCUCGAUGGAACACCCCCUCUUUUUGAGGCUAGUAACAAAGAGAAAGGCAAGACUGUACACACUGCGAGACACCAUCUCAACUCUACAUAUUGCAUUAGGAGAUGGGCGCUGCCGCUCAGCUAGCAGCGUCUUCUCAGGAAACAGACAUGCACUGCAGCAAGCAGAGAGUGAUUGCAGCACACAGAGUAUAACUGUAUCUACACUAGGCCUCUUACUGCCAUAGUUAUGCCGUAAAAAAGUACACACCAGGCCAAACAAGAAAAUUUGUCUUGUUUUCUAAUUGUUCACAGAUUAUCUGAUGUUUGACCAUGAUUGUUUUCAAAUGUGUUUGUUACUCAGAAUUAUUCAUCAAAUAAUACCUGAAAGCAACUUUUGAUCAGUAGAUUAAAAAGGAAGGAUGGUUGGUGAAGGACUUUGGAAAGCUCAGAGUCAGGGUUGCCAGGUGUCCAGUUUUUGACCAGAAAGUCUGGUUGAAAGGAGACCUGUACAGUGUCCAGUCACAUGUACUGAUGACAACAAAAGUCUAGUUACCACAGGUUGGGGGGCCAAGGGAGUAGGCACUGGGUCAUCAACCCACACCAGCUCCUGCUCAGCUGGGGCCAUCUCCUACCUGCAUCUCAUAGGCAGGCAGGCUCCCAUCCUAGCCCCGGAGUAGAGAGCUGUGUGGGGGGCCGAGAGGGGAAGGGAUCAAGGAAGGGGAAGGGAGCGAGUGAUGGGGGUGGGGGCCUCGGGGAAGAGGCAGAGCAGGGGUAGGGCCUCAGGGGAAGAGGUGGAGGGGGGAGGUUCCAGCUUUCCUUCUGUAGUAUCCGGUUUUCAGACAUUAGAAAGUUGGCAACACUACUCAGAGUCCAAUUCCUAGUUCUGCCACAGACUUCUUAUGUGGCUGUGGGCAAGCUGCAUAAUCUCUCUUUGCCUCUUUUCCUUAUCUGGAAAAUGGGGAUAAUAGUACUCCUUUAGUCUUGUCUGUAUAGGUUGUAAAUUCUUCAGGACAGGUAAUUCUGGGUUGUAGUGACACUAUGAGGAGAAAUCGUGGGAAAAAAACGCAUGAUUCUUAACUGUAUGUGUAGUAUAUGGCAUCAUUAUAGAGCAGAAUUUUUAAGGUUGUUCUAGCUGUCUUAACUGCAUUUACAGGUCUUAAUAAACAGUAGAACGUCAGAGUUAUGAACAUCAGAAUUACAAAUUGACUGGUCAAUCACACAGCUCAUUUGGAACCAGUCGUACACAAUCAGGCAGCAGGAGAGACCAAAAUAAAAGCAAAUACAGUA